AUGCCGGACCUUAGCCAAAACCGGGCGCUGAAGAUAGUAUCCAAAGCCGCGCGCGAAGGGUACGCGGUGCCCUCCCUGUGCUGCUACAACGUAGAAGCUAUCCUGGCCAGUGUGCGGGCGGCCGAAGCGAAACGCUCGCCCGUCAUCAUCCAGCUAUUCCCGUGGGCGGUGACAUUCGCCGGCGGGAUCCUGGUGCACGCGGCGGCGGAGGCAGCCAACACGGCGAGCGUGCCCGUGGCGGUGCACAUGGACCACGCGCAGAGCCCGGAGAUUGUCAAGCGGGCGGCUGACCUGGGCGGCUUCGACGGGAUCAUGGUCGACAUGAGCCACUACGACAAGGAAGAGAAUUUUGCAAAGACGCGCGAGCUCGUCCAGUAUUGUAACGAUCGAGGCAUCAUCACCGAGGCCGAGCCCGGCCGCAUCGAGGGCGGCGAGGAUGGCGUGGGCGACACCGCCGACUUCGCCCUGCAGGGCCUGCUCACCUCCCCUGACCAGGCCGAGGAGUUUGUCGCCCUCGGCAUCAACUGGCUGGCCCCGGCCUUUGGCAACGUCCACGGUAAGUACGGGCCCAAGGGACCCCAGUUGGACUUCGACCGGCUGCGGAGCAUCCAUAAACAGGUCGGGGAUCGUGUCCAUCUGGUCCUACACGGCGCCUCGGGGGAGUAUUUCCACCAGGAUCUCUUGCAGCAGGUUAUUGCUUGCGGCGUGGCAAAGGUCAACCUGAACGACGCCAUGAAUGACCACUUCCUCAAGGUCCUGCAAGAAAAGGCCGCCAAGGCUCCCUUGACCACCCUAAUAGAGGAGGGCACAUUGGCCAUGCAGAAGGCCAUCGAGAAACACAUGGAUUGGAUGGGCUCUACCGGGAAGGCAUAA